GGUCACAUAGUCCAACCUGUCCUUUAUACAACCUACAUUUCGACAUUACUAGGAAUUAUUCAGUGUGCCAAGUGUUGCUCCUCAUCUUUUGACGUCAUUUUAUAUAUUAUAUCUACGAGAAAAACUAUUCACCUUUUUUUAUUUUAAUUUUUUUUUAUUCGCACUUGGUUUAAAUUAUUUAAUCAAAAUGAUACCAAAUUGUUUUAGAACUGCUGGUGCGCAAAUAUCUCGAAGAAAUUUUGGAAAUUGGAAUAAGGUAAUCUCAUUCUUUAACAAAAAAAAUAAUUAUGCAACUGAAGCGAGUUUUGAGACGAAACCUUUUCGCUUACAUAAAUUGGAUAGUGGUCCAUCUAAUCAUGUAACAGUAACCAAAAAUGAUGCUUUAGAAAUAUAUAAACAUUUACAUACAAUAAGACGUUUGGAAACAUCAGCUGGUAAUUUAUACAAAGAAAAAAUAGUCCGAGGCUUUUGUCAUUUAUAUUCUGGUCAAGAAGCAUGUGCUGUUGGUAUGAAAGCUGCCAUGCGGCCACAAGAUGCUGUAAUCACUGCUUAUCGUGCACAUGGUUGGACAUACUUAAUGGGUAUUGAACCUGUAGGUGUCCUUGCGGAACUUACUGGAAGACAAUUAGGUAACGCUAGAGGCAAGGGUGGUUCUAUGCAUAUGUAUGCUAAAAAUUUCUAUGGAGGAAAUGGUAUUGUUGGUGCUCAGGUACCAUUAGGUGUUGGUAUCGCGUUUGCUCAAAAAUAUUUGAAUACUGGAGGAGUGUGUUUAUCUCUUUACGGAGAUGGUGCUGCGAAUCAAGGACAAGUAUUCGAGGUAUACAAUAUGGCUAAAUUAUGGGACAUUCCUUGUAUUUUUGUUUGCGAAAAUAAUGGAUAUGGAAUGGGUACUAGCGUCGAACGUGCUUCCGCGAGUACAGAAUAUUAUACUAGAGGGGAUUACGUCCCUGGUAUUUGGGUGGACGGUAUGGAUGUUUUGGCUGUAAGAGAAGCAACAAAGUUCGCCAUAGAACAUUGUACAUCUGGAAAGGGACCCAUUAUCUUGGAAACUGCCACAUAUAGGUACAGUGGACAUAGUAUGUCCGAUCCAGGAACAAGUUAUCGUACUAGAGAUGAGAUACAAGAAGUACGACAAACAAGAGAUCCUCUUACAAGUUUUAAAGAGAGAUUAUUAAGUACUAAUCUUGCUACUGCAGAUGAACUUAAGACAAUGGAAAGCGAGAUUAGGAAGAAGAUAGAUGAUGCUGUAAAAGUUGCUAAAGCGGAUAAAGAAAUUCCAUUAAGUGAAUUAAGUGCAGAUAUUUAUGCCAAUUGUUUAGAGAAAGAAAUUCGAAGUGUCACACCAUUUAAAUCAUUGUCGCACGUUAGAUUGAGCACUCCUGUUAAUCUGUGAACAAAAUUAGAAUCAUUGCUUCACUUUACGUGUCGAAUAUAUGUAUUAAAAUAAUUAUUUUAAUGCUUAUUAUAUCUCUUUUCAUAUA